AUGGAAGAACAAGAUCAUUUUACUUCAUCAUUGGAAUAUUUCGUUGCUACUACAUCAUCUGCAACAACAUCAACUUCACAGGUGCAAAUAGACGGAGAGGAUAAUAUUGAACAGUUUCCUCCGGUGCACGAUGACAGUGAAGGGUCGCAGGGUAUAUUCGAUAGUUGGGCAUGUAUCAUCACUGUGCUUGCCUUCUUGUUUGUCAUAUCUAUGACUCUGAUUUUUGGGGUAUAUGGAUUUGUGAACGUAAAGCUUGGGCCAAGUUCAUCAAUAUUGAUAAAACCCAACCAAUUAUUCGUGGACUUGAUUAAGGUGAAGUUAAGCAUCGGGAUUAAAGCUUUACUUUACAAUACAAGAUCGGCAUAUUACAAACGUAUGCCUUUUCAUGGUCAAUGUACUAUGGAAUUGGUUUUUGUGGUGCAAAUGCUGCUCUUCUUACCUCUCCUGAUCAGAAAUCUGCCUCAGGGUAUGGCAAGCGGCUAUUGGAAUGUUAAACUUUCUUACGGACCUCGAUGGGUGACAUGUUUUGUUAGCACAUUUGGAAUGAAUAUCCUUGUGCUACUUGUGCAUCACAUUUUGAACCGCUUGCCAUGCACCGGUCAAGAUGAGAGAAGGGAUGAAUUUGGAAGCAUUGUAUCACAGAGAAUGCCUCCUCUGCUUUUACAGAAAGAUGAAGAUCUCCCGAGUUUGGGUUCCUCUUACGAUUCCAUAUCUGAGGAUGAACAAUAUGCUGAAGAUGGACGGAGUGGGAUUUCACGUGACGCGAAGCAAGAUAUAGACAGAGAAUUCGGCAGCAAUGUCCAGUGUCUUUGUGUGAUUUGCUUUGAUGCCCCUGGGGAAUGCUUCUUCCUUCCGUGUGAACAUUGUGUGGCUUGUUUUGCAUGCGUAACAAGGAUUUCAGAGGCCACCAAAAGUUGCCCAAUAUGCCAUAGGCGGGUGAAGAAAGCGAGGAAGAUAUUCAUGAAUGAUAAACUCAAGGUUGAUUGCCUUGCAACAAGACCAUAA